UUAGUGUAAAGAGGUAAUAAACAGUGACAAAGAAAAACAUGACCUUGUGCAAUGCCAAAAUACCGAGCAAAAUACAGGUAUGAACAGAUUGUAGAUCUAUGAAUGUAUAUAUGUAUACAACAAUAAUAUUUAGUCUCCUUUUAAUUUACUGAUAACAAAAUCAAUAUUAUACCAAUAAGACAUUAUUCAAUGAUCUAAUCAUUGUGUUGAAUUGAUAACCUUUUUUCUCUAAUUCUUCGUCAAUUUAUCCCUUUCUGCACCCAUUGUAUAAAAAGAAUUUAAUCAACAUGUGGUUCGUUUGAUCUUAGAACUUCAUUGGUUAACAUGGUUAAAAUCCGAUUAUGACAUGUAUGACGUCGAAAUUUCUUGCUUUCCUCUGAAAUUCCUAUUGUGACGGCAUGAAAAAAGGCGACCAUGCCUGAUGACGUCACAUAGAAAGACCACAUCUUUUUGCAGAUCAUUCUUGAAAACAAGGAAUAAGUUUACCUGCAUAAUGUUAGAAAAUCAUUAGAGAAACAGAUUCCACCACCAUUGGCACAAAAUCUCGUGUAAUACCUCGCGUUUUAAAUUUGAAAAUUUAACUGUCUCGAGUGGAUAAAUAUCGUAUUACACUCGAUGCAGUGGUAGAAUCUAUAUAUACAUGUAAUAUAACAGUGUUAAAAGUAUUUUUUUAAAGAAUAAUGUUUUCUUAUCAUGUCAAUAAAAAUAAUGUUAUUUUGAUUUAUAACACAUAUAUUUUAAAUUUCAGAUCAGUCUCUUACUAAUUUACAAACACAUGUACAGCAUAUAACAUGUAUAUCAGAAUGUACAGACGAUAUAAAGAAAAUACAGGUGAAUUUUGGGACAUCAGUAUUAAAGCUUAAUAAAAAGAAAUUCACAGGAACAACUUUGUUUGGUCUCAUGAUAAAUGAUACAAAGAAACUGCUGAAGUUCUGGCUCGACACUGGAGAAUUCUUUAAAGACAGGGAAAGAUAUGUUCAAGAAUCUUCUUCUAGUGGUGAGCAAUCAGAAGGAGAGGAUGAGUAUUACAAUGAGCCGGUCCAGAACAUUGAUAACCUUUCAAAUGAAGACAACCCCUUUGUUACACAACUGUCACAAAUUUUACCAGAAAGAGCUAUCAGUAUAAAACAUUUGGAUGUUCAACAUGCUGAAGACAAUUUUUCUCAAGAAUCAAAAAAAAAGGAUGAAAGCUUAACUGAUGAGUCCACAAGGUUGAACAGAAGACAGUUGAUGAAAAGUAUUAGUUUAAAGGCAAUUGGGUUCAAAUUCGUAGACAUAUUUAAUUUAAAAGAUCCACCAAAAAGGUUCAAAGUCAGAGAAGCUGAUGAAAACUUUGUUGAAAAAAUAGCGAAAGUAAUGGUUGAAAAAAAUUCUGUAAGUGUUGAUAAUGCUCCAAAUAUAAUUGGCCUUAUUGACAUAAAUAAGGUUGAUUACCAAGAAGAAAACUUUUCUAAAUAUGAGGUAUAUAUAGUGGAUGGGAACCACAGUAUUAAAGCACAAAAAGAGGCAUACAUACAGACAAAAGACGAACUGUUCAGGCAUCGUGGAGUUUCAUAUACUGUGGUUUAACAGAAAAUGAAGCAAUUCUGCUUGGAAUCAGCAGAAAUGAGGACACUGAAUCGUUUGUGAAGUUCUCUGAUUUUCAGAAGGUUGAUGUACUGAGGCGUCGAUUGUAUUCCAUGACAGGCACACCAGACCACGCUGAUCCACCUACAGUUCCUAAAGAAUUUAAGGAUGUAUUUAUCACUCUACUUAACUUGCAAGGUAAAAAAGCAGUAGACAGCAAAAGCAUGCUGAGGUUCCUUGCAACUGGACUUUCCUAUCAAUGCUAUGAACUGUUUAAGAAUAUAUGCUCAAAAAGCACUGGAAAGGUUCCGGCAUCAAAAUUUGAUGGAAUAAAGGGUUUGAAGGAAGAAGAUGCAUUAUUUUGUCUCAUCAAUCUCUCAAGUAGCAACCUUCAAAGAAAAGAUUGGCAGAAAUUUAACUACUUGUGUCAAAGCAAGCAAUCAAAGCCAAAAAAAGUUGAGGAAAGAUGUAACACUAAAUAUAAAGUUCCAAACAAAGUGUACUCAGGGUUUUGUUGGACAGAAACAACUUGCAGGGAAUUACACCUGGUUUCAUUUCACUGAUUGUAAUAACAAGCAGAUUAUCUUAACUGAUAAAGAAAUGGAAAGGCUGGUGUUUUCAUCAAAAGACAAGAGGCUUCCUAUUUCUUCAACUCCAAAUUUGGAUGAUGAACAAGAUUUUUUGGAUAGAUUCUCAUCUCAAAGAAGCAGUGGUAAAUUUUGUGAUUAGAAUAGAUAACAAGCAACCAGAGUAAGGGUUAUAGCAAUAAACAGAAGAAAAAAAAACCAGUUUUUGUAGAUGGCAUCCAAUGAAAUUCACUGGAUUACAGGCUCUUGAAUUCCGGAGAGGCACUUAAACAAUGUGACAGGGUUUAACAUGUUUACCUUGAUUCACAUGAUUCAACAGAUCAAUUUUUGACAGGAGCAGAAUGUGCAGCUACAACUUCGCUUCCGGGAACUACAAGUUUUUCAUCUAAUGGUAGCAAAAGUUCCCUGGGUAUAUCAUUUUCAAUGAAACUAAGUGGGUUUUUACAUCACAUGGCUGAUUCAGAUGCUGUUUUAAGAGCAGAAUCAGGAAUGUCCUUAAUUGAAGAAGAAGAGGUGGAGACAAAGCCAGAACAGUUUUUCAGUUAUACUGAUGUGUUGUUGUGUCCAGAAACACAAACUGCAGCAGAGCCAUACUUUAGUACAGAUGCAUGGCAGCUUGUUUUAAAUACUCUCAAAGUAUUAGAAGAUAUGUAUAUUGUUAACACUCAGAAGAAAUAUGAUAUGAUUUCUCCAUCUCGGACAAGAAAAGGCAAAGCUUUAAUAGGAUCAGCUAAAGGAAGAAUAUUUAAAAAGUGUUCAAAAAAGAAAUCAGACCAGAUUGAUUCAGGAAAAAGAAAUGUAUAUUCCUUCACAAGUGAAGACAGUUCUCCACUAAAAGCAAUGGAAGGAAAAACAGAAAAAAAAUCCUCAACAAGUGACGACAGAUCUCCAUUAAAAGCAACAGAUGGGAGAAGAAAUUUGAAUAUUUUACCAAGUGCGGAAAGUUCUCCAGUAAAAGCAACAUAUGAUUUAAAUGAUGCUAUAGAUGUGUGCCCAAUUUUAGAAAAGACCAGUGAAAUUACUGGAGACGGUGAAAAGAUAAGUGAAACUACUGGACAAGGUGAAAAGAUUAGUGAAACUACUGGACAAGGUGAAAAGAUUAGUGAAACUACUGGACAAGGUGAAAAGAUUAGUGAAACUACUGGACAAUGUGAAAAGAUUAGUGAAAUUACUGGAGAUAGUGAAAAGAUAGGUGAAACUACUGGACAAGGUGGAAAGAUUAGUGAAACUACUGAAAAUGGAAGAAAAAGAACAAGUUGUUCUUCAAAAAAUGAAAAAGUGGAUGCAACAGAAUCCAAGAAGUGCACAGUAAGACUGACUGAUAUUGGUACUAUUAAAAACUUGAAAACAUAUGUUGAUAAGACAGAGAAAAAAAGAAAAAGAAGAAAGAUAUGUCUAAAGAACUUGUAAAAUAAUAUAUGUAAUAUGUUAAGUUUUAAAUAAGUUCAUCUGAUAUGAAACAACAAAUUCAGGAUACUUUGUGUCAUAUUUCAAAUAAGUUGAAUGGAUAUCUACUUUUAUGAUAAAACUAUGAUAUUUCAAAAAGUUGUAAAUAUUUUUUGUCUAAUUUAUGAAAAUCAGUAAUAGAAUAAGGAAAAAAGUGUAAAUAUAUUAAUAUAUAACAAAAUCCCUUCAAGAAAAUCUUGACCUUUAGCUUAGUCAUGCAGUUCUAUGACAGCAGAACUUGUUUUAUGUUAUAGUAGCAACUUAAAUAUAAGUAUGACCAAAUGCUAAGCAAAUAAUAGAAAUCAGGAAAGAGAACACAUUGUUGUGUAUUAAUUCUGUGGGACUUGAUUAUUUAUCUAAAGUUUUUCAAUAGUGUUAAUGUAUGUCAUGUCUGCAAAUUUUCUACACUAAUAUUUUUCAAUGUUAAAUUUUUUUCCAUCAAGUAAAUGAGUCUGCAAUACAAACAAAAGAGUGUAUUGCACAGUUCUUUCCAUUAAGGUCAUGUGUAUUCAUUUAUGCACAAAAAAAGUCAUAACUAUAAGUAUUGUUUUUAUAACUGUGUAAUGUUUACCCUCCUAUAUCAAGUAUAUUGGCCAAGAAACUUGAGAAAAAAGUUCAAAUUCUGUAAAGUUUUGCUUGAGCCGGAUUUUUUCAGCAAGAAAUUAUUAUAUAUAUAUAAAGAAGUUCAAGUCAAAUAUGAACUUGAUUUUUACAUUAUACUAUAUAUAGAUAUAAUACUUUUACUUAAUCAUGCUCCUCGGAUAUACAAGUUGUCCAAUUAUUGAAUUGAAUAAAAGACAAAUAUUGGUGUGUAACGAUCUUCAUACUGUUAGCGUUCAGCCAGGAUGAAGAGGUUUUGCUCCAAUUGGAUUGAGUUAUUAUAGUUAUAAAAAAAGGAAGUGCAUUCUAGAUUGAUUGAUAGAGAUGGAAUCUUAUAGUUAAUUUUAGUUAUGAUUUGAGGAUAAUGAUAUAUAAAUAAAGUCUAUCUUGUGACUUUAAUAUUUUAUUGUUGUUGUUUGCUUAAACAAUAUGUUAAGUUUUUUG